UGUGGAGGGCAGUAAAACGCCUAAAAUACUCCACUCGUCUGCUGGAAUUCGAAAGAAGAAGAACGAGGACACAGCAAGAUGGCGUUUGAUGGAGAAGGCCUAACGUGGCCAUUAUAGUUUUAUAUUUUUAAUAAGUGCGUACAUAUACACAUACAUGUAUUUUAAUAGACUACAUAUUCUUAAUAUUUUUUGUAUCCGGAUACAUCAGUCUGAGCGCACUUUGACGCUUUAUAGUGCUUGCUAUUUUAGCUUAAGUUACCUCGCUAGCCUCUAACAAAGAGACGACAUGUUUGUACAUUCGUGCAGUUCUGAACACAGAAGCAGUUGUCAACAUAUCGCGAAGCAAAGAUCAGCUGUGAUUGUGUGAACAUGUGCGAAAAGAACGUUCGCAGAGUACGAGGAGGAAUAACUUUCUCUUAACAAAAGAGGAGAAGGAGUGACAACAUCAACUACUGGACGCUGUGUUCAUGAAACAUCAAGUUGUGUUACACAUAACAGACGUCUGUGAAGAACAUCUUAUUCGUAAGCAAAAGGAAGGGAGCUUCAGGAUGCAGCAGGAGGAGCCACAGCCCUCUUGCUUUAAAGAGGAAGACGAGGAACCACUGACCCCCCAUUUUAAAGAGGAAGAGGAGGAACACAGCAUCAGUCAGGAGGGAGAGCAGCUUGAAUGGUUGGAGGAGUUCCCAGUGAUUCGGGUAAUUGUGAAAGGUGAAGAUGAUGAGGUCAAAGGUGAAAGUGAGGAGAAGAGAGAGGCGGAGCCUCCAAGCAGCAGCUCAACACAACACAUGACAACAGAAGCUGAUGGAGACCACUGUGGAGGAUCACAAGCAGACAAGCUCUUAGCUCCACUAUCAGAUAGUGAGGACACAACGUCACACUCCCCUGACACUGAUGAUGAAGACUCUAAAGAUGAUAAGACAUGUCACACUGACAACACUCACUUGAAAUGUUCUCACUGUGACAAAACCUUUAAAUACCAUUGUCACCUGAAAACACACACGAGAAAACACACUGGAGAAAACCCUUUUACCUGCUCAAUCUGUGGUAAAGGUUUUGCACGAAAAGAUGUGUUAAAAGAACACACUAAAACUCACUCUGCAGAAAAACCCUUUACCUGUUCAAUGUGUGGUAAAGGUUUUGUAAUAAGUCAAAAUUUGAAAGUACACAUGAGAGUACACACCGGAGAAAAACCUUUUACCUGUCAAGUCUGUUGUAAAGGUUUUGUAACAAGUCAAAAUUUGAAAAUGCACACGAGAACGCACACUGGAGAAAAACCUUUUACUUGUUCAGUCUGCGGCAAAAGUUUUAUACAACGUCACAAUAUGAAAGUACACAUGAGAAUACACACGGGUGACACAACAUAUGCCUGUUCAACCUGCAACAGAAGCUUUUGUGAACAGAGAAACCUUGUAGUGCACAUGAGAAUACACACCGGAGAAAAAGCAUAUGGUUGUGGUGCGUGUGGUGAAAGAUUCUCUUAUAAGUACCAGUGUAAGAAACACAAGUGUGCUGGUGAGAACAGCAGCAGUCAAUGAACUUGCAGGAUUUUAAAUAAACUGUCAAGACUU